AUGAGCCCUGUCGACCUUAAGACCACCGGUUUCGGUACUCGCGCUAUCCAUGCUGGCCAGGAACCCGACCCUGUCACCCAGGCUGUCAUUCCCCCUAUCUCCCUUUCCACCACCUUCAAGCAGUCUGCUGCUGGUGUCCACUCUGGAUAUGAUUAUUCCCGCUCAGGUAACCCUACUCGUAACGGUUUCGAGACUGCUGUUGCUGCUCUGGAAGGUGGUAAGUACGGCCUUGGUUUUGCUUCUGGCUCUUCCGUUACCGCCACUAUCAUCAGCACUCUUGGCGCCGGAUCCCACUUGAUCUCUGUCAACGAUGUCUACGGUGGAACCUACCGCUACUUCACCAAGGUUGCUUCCAAGAACGGCGUUGAGGCUACCUUUGUCAACUUGAGCGUUGCCAAGAACAUCGAGAAGCACUUUAAGCCCAACACCAAGCUUGUGUGGAUUGAAACACCCACCAACCCUACCUUGUGCAUCAUCGAUAUCCGCGCUAUUGCCGAGAUUGCCCACGCCCACGGUGCCUACUUGGUCGUCGACAACACUUUCAUGAGCCCUUACUUCCAGAACCCCCUUUCCCUUGGUGCCGAUGUCGUCGUUCACUCUGUGACCAAGUACAUCAACGGUCACUCUGACGUUGUCAUGGGUGUUGCUGUCACCAGCGACGAGACUCUUUACGAGAAGAUCCAGUUCAUGCAAAACUCCAUGGGCGCCGUUCCCUCUGCCUUUGACUGCUACCUUGCCCGCCGUGGCUUGAUGACCCUCGAGAUCCGUAUGCAGCGCCACGAGCAGAACGCCAAGACCAUUGCCGCCUACCUCGAGAAGAACGAGCACAUCGAGGCCGUCAUCUACCCCGGUCUUGCCUCCCACCCCCAGCACGAGUUGGCCAAGCGCCAGCAAAAGGGUUUCGGUGGCAUGGUGUCUUUCCGCACCAAGGGCACCCUCGAUAACGUCAACAAGAUGCUCGGUCACCUCCAGUACAUCACCCUUGCCGAGUCUCUUGGUGGUGUCGAGAGCUUGAUCGAGGUUCCUGCUGUCAUGACCCACGGUUCGGUCAGCCCUGAAGAUCGUGCCGUUUUGGGUAUCACCGACACCCUUGUCCGUCUCUCGGUCGGUAUCGAGAACGUCGAGGAUUUGAUCAACGAUCUCAAGCAGGCUUUGGAUAAGGCCUACCUUUAAAUGUACAUACAACACAUACACACAAACUCGCCUUUUUUUUCAAGUUCCUUUUCUUCUUCUUUUCUUUAGACAGAGAAAUAUAUGAAAAAGAAAGGGGGGCGAGGCCAGAGAUAGAGAAGGGGAGGGUAUAAUUUUUCCCUUCUUUCUUUUUCUUUUUUAUGUACCUCAGAUAUAUAUCUUUAUUAAAUUACAUUACAUUGUCUUCUUCUUUACCAUCUUCAUCCUUUCUAUUAUUUUAUAUACAUAAUAAAAUAAAUAUAU